AUGGAUGUCGAGCGGACAGCGGGGUCGGACCCUGGGUUCCCAGCCAAGAGCGAUGCUCUCAAGAAGGAUGACGCUCGCUCAAUCACCGAAGACCGAUCCAUUGGCCAUGGCGAGAAUGACCUGCUGGGUGGGGAGAAUGUCGACGGAGUGCUGGCCGCCAAGAUGAUCUUGGUCAACGAUGCGAUUGAUGAGAUUGGCUUCACGAACCACCACUGGAAAUUGUUCUGCCUCAACGGAUUCGGGUACGCGGUCGACUCCCUGAUCCUGUUGCUCCAAUCCAUCAUCAGCGCCCAAGCCCAGAAAGAGUUCCGUCCCGCAUACUCCACGGGCUUGACGAUCGCCGUCUAUGUGGGCAUGCUAGUCGGAGCCAUCUUCUGGGGCUUUUCGGCAGACAUUAUCGGCCGUCGCUUUGCCUUCAACGUGUCACUGUUCGUUUCCUCGAUCUUCACCGUGGUAGCGGGAGCAUCGCCGUCCUGGGUGACACUGGGUCUGUUUGUGUGUCUGAGUGCCUUUGGAUCGGGUGGAAACCUUGUGCUGGACACCACGGUCUUUUUGGAAUAUCUCCCGAGUCAGAAUCAGUGGCUGUUGACCCUGAUGGCGGCCUGGUGGGGCGUGGGACAAUUGAUCGCCGGUCUAUUUGCUUGGGCCUUCCUGCCCAACUUCUCUUGUGCCGAAGCCGCCACCUGCACCCGGGCCAACAACCAAGGGUGGCGUUACGUAUGGUACACCUCUGGGGCCCUCGUCUUUGUCCUCUCGAUCUUGCGAAUCACAAUCAUCAGAUUGGAAGAGACUCCCAAAUUCUUAGUCUCGGAGGGUCGCGAUGAGGAGGCUGUUAGUGUGCUCCAGAAUAUCGCGUCCAAGCAUAACCGACCCUGCUCGCUGACGGUCGAACGAUUGGAGGCUUGUGGACCCACGCAGUCUCGUUCGGCGACCGCUGGGGGCUUAUCCAAGCGACUAUUUUCCGUAGGAGAAGUUGGAGGCCACUUCCGCGGCUUGUUUGCGACGCGUCGCAUGGGCCUGUCGACCAGCCUGGUCUGGGCCUCUUGGCUGCUGAUUGGUCUGGCGUACCCUCUAUACAAUGUUUUCCUUCCGUCUUACCUCUCGUCUCGCGGCGCUCAGUUUGGACAGGCCAGCCAAUACAUCACCUGGCGAAACUACGCACUCAACAACACGUGCUCCAUCUUCGGCCCGGUGCUCGCAGGAUUCAUGUGCAAGUCUCGAUUGUUCUGGGGCCGACGAGGAACCAUGAUCGUUGGAGCAUUGAUCACCAUGGUCUUCUUCUUUUGCUACACCCAAGUCCGAACAGCCAGUCAGAACCUGGGGUUUACCUGUGCCAUCUCCUUCUGCCUGAACAUCUACUACGGCACUCUCUAUGCCUAUACCCCAGAGGUUUUCCCUUCCGCACACCGUGGAACCGGAAACGGCGUCGCCAUCGGCCUGAAUCGAAUCAUGGGCAUCAUCAGCGCGGUGGUUGGACAAGCUGCCAAUACCAAUACCCCUGUCCCUAUCUACAUCUGUGCGGCUCUGUACAUCGUCAUGGCUGCGGUCGCGGCGGCUCUGCCGUUCGAGCCAUAUGGGCGCCGCAGCAGCUGA